CUAAAGGAUCAAGCAAAGGAAUGGAGCCAGAUAUGGCUUGCUGUAUCAUCCAGAAAAUGGAAGACAAGGGUCAUGAAAUUGGAACACUACAUGCCGACAACGAUACAACAACGCAGUCCAGAUUACCUUCUACAAUCAUCAAGAAAAAUGACAAAUCGCACGUCAAAAAAAAUCUGGCUUCCUCUCUCUACAGUCUUUCCAAAAAACAUAAACAGCUCAAGUCUACAGGAGUAAUUCCGUACAUUGUAAGAUGUUUUAUGUACACCAUUUCCAAACAUCAGGGCUUCAAGGAAACUCUGGGAGCUGAGUUGGCAACAGUUGUUCCUCACAUAUUUGGAGACCACAAUCAGUGUUCCUCAUCAUGGUGUACUUAUAACAAGGACCCAACCAAGUUCAGAUACAAACAUCUACCAGAUGGAAAGGCACUUUCUGGGGACCAUUUAAAAGAAGACCUGGAAAAACUGGCCAAAAGCUAUAUUGACAGAGCAGAUAGACUUAUGAACCUUGGCUCAACUCAAGCUAACGAAAGCUUUAACAACAGUGUGGCUAGCUUUGCUCCCAAAAACAGGUUUUAUGGUGGAACCAAAUCUUUAAAAGCAAGAAUAUCCUCUGCUGUUAUGCUGAAGAAUGAAGGGAGUGGUUGGUUAAGUAAGGUCAAUGAGAAUAUUUUGCUUUCUCCAGGGCAGAUGACUAAAUUACAUGGUUUACGACGAGACAAAAUCAGAAAAAGGGUUAGAGAUAUGAAGCGUACAGUGGCGUUUAAGAGAAAGCGUAUUUCACUCAAGAAUAAAAAUGUGCGCUGUGAUCGAAGAGAAGCUGUGAAGGAGGGAGAUACAUAUGGCAAUGAAAUUGAACUCCAAGAAGAUGCUGAUAUUGAAACUAUUUUAUCAAAGAUAAAGCUCAGUGGAGAGGAAACUGUAGUUGUGUUUGAUUUAGAAACAACAGGUUUACCAAGGCGAUCUGACAUAACACAGUUGGCUGCUUUUGAUGGUGAAGAACUAUUCAACAGUUAUAUAAUACCAAGCCAUAACAUUUCUCCAACAGUUUCCUCCCUUACAGGAUUGUCUUUCGAUUUUCACACGAAUCAGAUGUACCAUCAUGGGACACCAGUAAAGAGUGAAGAUCUUUAUACUGCAAUGCGGGACUUCAUUGAUUACAUCAAUAAGAAACAAAAGCCAAUCCUCUUUGGGCACAACAUUGCAGCAUAUAUGAUGUUCCUGUUUUGCUGAAGAAAUUACAGGAAACCCACCUGCUACCAGAAUUUUUAAAGCAAAUCACAGGUUGUAUUGAUACCC